GCCCGGCCAACGGGGCCCGGCCUGGAGGAGCGGCUCUUCCCGCAGGUGCGGGACCACUUCAGCUUCGAGACCUGUGGCAACGAGACCUUCCCGCAGCGGUACCUGGUCUCAGCAAAGUUCUGGAAGAAAGGAUUUGGACCCAUCUUUUUCUACACUGGCAAUGAAGGUGACAUCUGGACUUUUGCUCAGAACUCUGACUUCAUAUUUGAAUUAGCACAGGAACAGCAAGCACUUGUGAUUUUUGCUGAGCACAGGUACUACGGGAAGUCUCUUCCAUUUGGACUUGAGUCAACACAGCUGAAGAAGACUGGUCUGCUUACCGUGGAACAAGCCCUCGCUGACUAUGCGGUGCUAAUUACUGAGCUUAAGCAGCAGUACGGAGCUGCAGACUGCCCUGUCAUUGCUUUUGGAGGCAGCUACGGCGGAAUGCUGAGCGCUUACAUGAGGAUGAAAUACCCAAACCUUGUGGCCGGAGCAUUAGCUGCCAGUGCUCCUCUGUUGUCUGUGUCUGGGCUUGGAGACCCCUCCCAGUUCUUCAGAGAUGUGACAGCAGAUUUUCAGAAGUCCAGCCCAGGCUGUGUCCCAGCUGUCCGCAAAGCCUUCCAGCAGAUUAAGGACUUGUGCCUGAGCAGAGCCUAUGAUGAAAUCAGCAGCAAAAUGGGCACAUGCAGCAAGAUCUCCAACAAGGGGGAUGUUUACCAGCUUUUUGGGUUUGCUAGAAAUGCCUUCACCAUGAUGGCCAUGAUGGACUACCCUUACAAAACCGAUUUCAUGGGUCACCUCCCUGCCCAUCCCGUGAAGGUUGGCUGUGACCAGAUCCUUGCCCACACAGACCCAAUUCAAGGCCUGGCUGCUCUUGUUGGGGUGUUCUACAACUCCUCUGGCUCAGCACCAUGUUAUGACAUAUACCAGCUGUACCAGUCCUGCGCUGACCCCACAGGCUGCGGCAUCGGCUCAGACGCUGAGGCCUGGGACUACCAGGUUUGCACCGAGAUCAACUUAACUUUCAACAGUAACAAUGUGACCGACAUGUUCCCCGAGAUGCCCUUCACAGAGGCCAUGCGGGAACAGUACUGCUGGAGCAAAUGGCGCGUGAGGCCACGAGCACAUUGGUUGCAGACAAACUUUUGGGGAGGAGAUCUGGAAAGUGCAAGCAACAUCAUUUUUUCAAAUGGAGACUUGGACCCGUGGGCCGGAGGUGGGAUAAACAGGAGCCUCAGUCCUUCACUAAUCGCACUGACCGUUAGAGGAGGCGCUCAUCACCUGGAUCUCCGGGGACACAACCCCGCUGAUCCCCCAUCCGUCACCGAGGUGCGCAAGCUCGAGGCGAGCAUCAUCAAUGGCUGGGUGAAAUCUGCAGGGAUGGAAGGAGCCCAGGAGAAGCGCUCAGGAGCUUCAGCGGGCAGAGGGCUGUGAACACAUCUGUCCCCAUGGCCUCUGGCAGGGGUGUGAGGCUGCCACUGGGACGCAGAAGGGCAGCAGCCUGCUGAGCUGUGCCUGUGCUGUUUGAGAGCAUUCCCUCUUCUGCCCUGAUGGUGGAAUUCACCUUUCUGAAGUGUCCCACCUGCCCCAAACCAAGCAUCAAAGAAAAGCAAAAGGCCAAAUCACUGACUGGAGCCAAAACCACCUCGUGUGGGUUUCACGCUCACCUCCUCAGAAUGAGGCGGCAUUAUAAAGCUUCCCUGGAAGGCCCAGGACUCAUCGCUGUCCUGAACAGCCUGGUUGCAGGAAGCACCUUAAGGUUGAAGCUAAAUUAUUUUUAGACAAAACUCGGUAGUAUAACCACAGAAGAUAAAAAAGGAUGCUUCUCACCUUCCCAGGUGGAGUAAACUCUGCACAGAAACAGGUGGGUUCUUAUCUACUGGAAUUACUACGCACCAAUAAAUAUUAGCAUAAUUGCAAAAAUAUUAACUCCUGGUAAUCAGUCGGUGCCUCAGUUGAUCCAUUUACAAUGAUUUUAUGAGUUAGCGGAGAAGCCUCCCAGGUCAGCAAAGGCAAAGUCCCCGCAUUGCUCCAGCUUUGUGACGUUGCUCAAACAUGGGGCUUUGUGUUGGGUAUUUGCACUGCUGAGUCCUCCCCACCAUCGCAGUGGGAUCAGUUCCUGGAGCUACAGUGCCAGUCGCUGAUGUUAUUUCACAAUAUUUGGGUGAUCACAAAAAGUUUAUUUGCAUACAACCCGCUUGGCUCUUCCCUGUUCUUAGGCACAAAAGGCCAAACCUUCUGCUCCCCAUGCCCCCCCCAGCUGAGGAGCAUGGAAAGAGCAGGAACAGACAAAAUCCAUUCACCAGAGCUUUCAGGUGCAUACAAAUGCAGGACAGUGCACAGAAGACCCGGUCAGUCACACUCCAGCCCCCAGAGAAGAACACAUUAAGACUGCGAGUGAAACGACACCCUCAAGACGACUGCCGUCGUCUCCGUUUGUGCUGAUGAAAACCUCUACACCUCUGCUCAAACCCCCUCUGGCUCAUGCUGAAGCCAGGCUUCAGGUCUGUUGCCAAAACUGCAGCUCCUACAAGGCUGCCGCUUCGAGCCUUACUGAGCUGCUGGAAUCUGGUAUUGACCCUCCAUGCUCCCAGACCCCCUGACUUCUCUGAAUUUAGAUCUGCUGUACCCCAGCAAUUAUUCAGGACUAGCACCACAUUAAAAAAGGCAGACAGCGGUGGCUGUGUCUGCAGAGAGGAUUACAUCUUGCUUAUAUUACCUUACAGCAUCCUUAGCUCCCAGCAAGCAGGCGCUCUAAUUACACCAACCCAGCAGUGCAUUAGAGCAGCCACAUGCAGGAGGAGCCCUUUGGAAAGUCAUCUGCAAGCCACCGCCUUCGUCCCGGGCUUGUUUUGUGCCUUUGAGCAAACAGAGGCCCAGGGGUCUUUUGACCUUCCAGAAGGGUAGAGUUCUUUAAACCCCUUAUCAUGGACUAUACUGAUCUCUAAUCUUCCUCUCACAGAUAGUACUUGGCCCAAAGGAAUCCACGCAGCGUGAGGGACGCAAACGGUUUGAUUUAUACGGAAGGAGGAACUAAAGACUUUAAGAUGCUACAGCAAAGCGACAAGCAAGACAGGGACCUCCAUGCAGAUGAGAGAUGAGCAGCACUAAAAAUAAUUACAAAACCAGAUUUCAGGAGCUGUGGCAGAAGCCUGAAGCCAGUGCCACAAACGUCCGUAACGUUUUGAAGCCUUGGGCAAGGAAGAACAGGAUCUAAGCAGAAAACCCUGGUGGUGUGGUGCCCCCCGAGUGGAAGGAAAGAGCCCAGCAGCAGCAGCCACCACUCAUCUCAGGAAUGCUGCUCAUGGCUGAACUCCAGGGAGCACAACAGGAACAUGGAGGGCAGGCAGGGAGUAUGGGGCUCAGAGCACCAUCCAUGGGUGAAGCCCCAUGCUGGUUGAUGACCUGUACCCAGGGGGUGUUGGGAAAAAAGCUCGUUCAUUCAUCAUCACACACCAGCACGAGGCGCGUGGCCAACAUGGGAAGGUGGCACAGAAUGGUAGGAAGUGGCUCUGGUCACACGCCGUUACGUCAGAGCCUGAAAACGGAUCAUGCAAAUCAGCAGGUUUUCCUGGCAGUGCCAGUCAUCUGUUUCUGAUGUACUCAGGGUUUUAGUGGAAGCAGAGGCCUCCAAACUUUGCCACUGAGUUCUAGCAAUACUUCAGAGACAAAAACGCAAGCCAUUCCUGCCGAAUCCAAAGUCAGAAAACUCUUAAACCUUCUGUUGCAGCAGUAAGCUUGCCAGGCAGCACCAGGGAGCUACCCCGGCAUUUUAAAUGGUCUUUAAAUGGCAUUUUAACCCAGUCUUGCUAAAUAUACUGCGUGGCACUGGAAAUGAGGAGCUUCUGCCCGAAGGGUCACUGCUAGGAGUGCACAGCUGAAGGGAAGUAGCCUUAAGGGGCAGGAGAAAUUUCACAAAACUCUGUAAAUGUGUUCAUUGGACAAACCCAUCCUGCCCACAUCCCUCACCGCUGCCACGUCACACAGCAACAGAGCAGGAAACAGAGCAAAUUCCUUGACUAAUAUCUGGAGGAGUAAAUACAGCUGUAUCCGAGCUCUGCAUGUAAUGCUGAGAAAUCCUGCUAACAGGAAGCCAUGUGAAACCCAGAGGGGCCUUGUCAGCCCAUACCACGGACCCUGCAAACCUGCCAGUUUCUAAGGCUUGUAGUGAGACUUCAGUUCUCAGGAAGGCCAGGGAUUAGGUGCUAGCUGUGGCCCCAUUCAUCUAUUGAAUUGGCUUUGAGCAAACAUGGGGGUUUUUUCUGAGCUGUGGCUUAAAGCCUGGAGCAUGAGACUUCCAAGCCCUGCAGCCAUGCAGCACCCACUGGCUGUGCCCGUACCCGUUUGUUUCUCAGUGAGGGCCUAACUGAACAGUGUAGCUGGGUGGGGCUGGUUUGUUUGGGGGUUUUUAGUUUAAUUAAGCAAGGCACUCAAGCUCUUGGAGAGAAACCAAGGCAGCUCUUUGUGCAAAAGGACAGAAUCACUGGCUGAACAGGCAGCCUCUCUGCUCCACGACUCAGGGAUCAGCAGCGUGCCAGUACGCUGAAACACCAGAAUGGAUUGCAGACCCGCAGUGACGGCUGUGGUUGAAUGAGCCCCAGAGUACCUGAAAGAAAGCAAAGCUGCUGUUGUGCUGGGGAGCGCACAGUGUAAUUGAGAAGGGCUGUGAAGCUCAGAUACUCAUCUGACACAACAUACUAUGUUAUGGAAGUAAAAAUAAGCAAGUCAUUAAAGUGACCUUGGCAAAAGAACAGGAAGAAGCAGAUGAGCUUUCAUCAGGUCAUCUAGGUUUGUGCCAUUCCACAUGUGACACAAGCAUUUGUUCUCAAAGGUAGAGCGAGCUGAACAGUUUUAACUUCAGAUUUAAAGGAUGAGGACAGUAAAGCCACACUUUGCAAAGAGACUCAGCUUCCAGGACGAAUUAGGUAGAAAAGAAAUCAGCCAGGCCAACAGGCUCAGCUAAAGACAAGAAGCA